GGCAGGUCCGGCGCCGCACUCUGUGAGCGCCGCAUUCGUCGAAAGGGCAGCCUAGAGAUGGUCCACAGACGACGAUAGCACCGAUGGCACGCCGCCGCCGCCGCCGCAGGCUUGGAACGGCAGCGCUCGUCGCGUCCGCCGCCGCGAGGCCCUGCCCCCUGGCCACCCGAGAGGCCAGGUCCGCUACCGAUUUGUGCGACCCGCCAGAAAUGGUCCAGAUCUGGAACGACGGCUCGCUACCAGUGCAGACCUACCGUCUGUCGUCGAGCGGUGAAGAAAUAAAACACGCGGCGCCGAUCUCGAAGGGAGCGGCUAUUUUAGCUGAGGGCUGCUCCAAGACGGUCUGGCGCGCAAGACUGGACCAGGGGCGGCUCGUCGACGAGUUCACGCAGGGCUCGUCUUCCGCACCCGUAGAAACGACUGCUGUUUCCAUCUCGGCGUCGUCCCUCACGGAAGACGUCGCGUCGGAGCGGUGGCGCAUCCAGGACUGCCAGCCCCAACCGCAGUUUCCCGUACGAGCGCGCUUUUCGGAAUUAAGGGAUGUCGGGGCGUCGUUCGACCUGCAAGUCACGCGAGGUAAUGUAAGAAGUCGGACCGAGGUCUCUCCAGCGAACAAGGUCCCGGGCCCCGAGAUUUUUGCGGACGUCACGUUGGACUUACUGGAAGCGUAUAAGGGAGGCAAGCUCGUCAAGUUCGCCGUGAAAAGACGUAUAAAAUGUCCGGUGUGUGGUGGUCUCGGCGCGCCUGCAGCGAAAAUCAUCCAGUGCGACCGGUGCUUCGGCACGGGUUUGAGGCACGCGACGUGGCGGCCCCACAAUGAGUCAAUCGGCGAAAGUCGCAGGACGAAGUGCGGCAAGUGUGGGGGGUGGGGCGAGACGUGGCUCCCAGAACAUGCUUGUGUUGGAUGUGGCGGUGCUCGGUUACAAUCCGAGGAACGCUGGUUCUCCAUCGCUCUACCUGAGGGUGUCCAAGACGGCUGGACCUUGCGACGAGAAGGUCUAGGUGAAACUAAACUAGAACCGGAACGCGGGCAACUCCGGGCGCAGCUCGAGCCCGGUCCACUUGUUUUGCGAGUGCAUGUUGAGGAACACGAGAACUUCACGCGUACGGGAGAUGAUUUAGUUGUUGUGGAAAAAGUAGACGCGGCUGAGAUGGUCUUCGGCUUUCAGCGCGUCGUGGAGCACUUAGAUGGGUCGUUAAUUGUCUUCAACCGGACGGAACCCUCUCCCCCAGGAACGGAGCUGCGCGUGUCGCAAAGGGGCUUCCGGCACUUUGAUGUCGAGGAUUCAGGACCGUCGGACGAGCGGGGGGACUUCGUCGUGAAAGUGGAGCUGGCCGUGCCUUCCACGGACUCGGGCGAGAAGCAGGAGUUUUACGAGGGAAUGGUGGGUAAGAUAUAAGUUUUGUA